AUGCCUCCUCCUCCUCCUUCUCCGCGGCACCGGCAGGAGCGCCGCGGGUGCGGCUGCUGGGCCGUGCUCGCGCGGGGGCUGCGGGGCUCCUGCUUCCGCCCGGCGGCGGCCGCGGCCGACGCCCCGGCCGGGGCCGCGGUCAAAGGCGGCCAUGUCUACGACGCAGCGGAGACGAGAUACCUAAACUCUAGCAAUCGAGAUCUUGCAGAUCAUUUUCAGGGGAAGCUUGGUGACGAAAAUGGUGUUGACUCAUCAAUUGAGAAGAAAAUAUCACCCAAGCUACUUGAAUUCACUUUCCAAGAGCUGAAAUCUGCCACUGUUAACUUCAGACCAGACAGUAUUCUCGGAGAAGGUGGAUUUGGGUAUGUGUUCAAGGGGUGGAUUGAGCCAAACAGUACAGCUCCUGCAAAACCUGGCACUGGUCUGACUGUAGCUGUCAAAAGUCUGAAGGAAAAUGCUCUUCAAGGUCAUAGAGAAUGGGUGGUAAGUAAUACAAACCUCUCAAGUCCUAAAUUUCUUUCUUUGGGUAGAGUUAUAACUUCCAAAGAAAUCAAUUUGCAGGCGGAAGUUGACUUUCUGGGACAGCUGCAUCACAAACAUCUUGUUAAGCUGAUUGGAUACUGUAUUGAGGAUGACCAAAGGCUGCUUGUGUAUGAAUUCAUGGCACGGGGAAGUCUAGAAAAUCAUCUUUUCAGAAGGACUCUUCCCCUACCUUGGCCGUGCAGGAUGAAGGUUGUUCUUGGUGCUGCUAAAGGUCUAGCCUUCCUACAUGUUGGUCCCAAACCAGUUAUUUACAGGGAUUUUAAGACAUCAAAUAUUCUUAUCGAUGCGGAGUACAAUUCAAAACUUUCAGAUUUUGGGCUCGCAAAAGCUGGCCCCCAAGGUGAUAAAACCCAUGUCUCUACUCGAGUUCUUGGCACCUAUGGCUAUGCUGCGCCCGAGUAUGUAAUGACAGGCCACUUAACAACCAAGAGCGACGUAUAUAGCUUCGGAGUCGUGCUGCUGGAGGUGCUGACUGGCAGGAGAUCAGUGGACAAGAAGCGACCUCCAGGGGAGCAGAACCUCGUUGCAUGGGCGAGGCCGUAUCUGAGCGACCGGCGAAGGCUCUAUCAGCUCGUAGACCCUCGCCUGGGACUGAACUAUUCCGUCAGAGGUGUUCAGAAGAUUGCCCAGAUCUGCCACCACUGCCUCAACCGUGACAGCAAGUCGCGCCCGAUGAUGGACGAGGUUGUCAAGCAUCUGACGCCGCUGCAGGACCUUAACGACAUGGCCGCCGCGUCGUAUAGGCCCCGGUCAUCACCCCGUGGAAAGGCGCGGCGGUGA